GGCGAAGCCUGAUUUUUGGUUUGAGAGGGAAUCGGUGCUUGGUCCUCUGCUUGAGGAGAUGGAGAUUAAGCUUUUGGGGAUGGCGGAACUUGGACUUCCGAAGUAUAUGGGGUGCCUUCCACAGAGCUUCUACACUUUGAAGAACCUGACUGUUGCGAAGCUAGAAAGGGUUAUAUUAAUGAAUGCAGCAGAGGAGUCCGUUUUGCUUCCCAAUCUGAAGAUUUUACAGCUUACUCGUGUGAGGGUUACGAACUUCGAGCCAUUAACCAGGUUCAUUUCAGGUUGCCCUGCUCUAGAGACUGCCCAUAUGGAGAAUUGCUCUUCCUCCGAGAGAAAUGAGAAUGACAUACUCGAUGUUUCCUUACCAUCCUUGAAGAACUUGAAGAUUAUCGACAGAGACUAUUCUUCUGGUAAUGAGACGUGCCCCGUUGUAAUCCGAGCGCCAAAUCUUGAGGAUCUUUAUUUUGAGGUGUCUGCAAAGUUGCGGUUCAUGGGCAGCACACCAUUGCCAUGCCUUCAUUCAGCACAUGUUGAAGUUGAUGAAAAUAAAAGCUUGGACCAUUCCCUGAUUGGGUUUUUCACUCUAAUCUCCAAUGCGAAGAAAAUGAGCUUAACUAGGGAGACUCUGUGUCAUCUGUCUCGUCUCACUGAUGUUCAAUUGCCUGUUUUCCCCAACUUGACUCAUUUGACAAUGGGAACCGACUGCGACAUCUGGGUUCUGCACUCGUUGCUCAACUCAGCCACCAAAUUGCAUUCUCUUGUUAUUGACUUGGAGUAUUGCCAUGAUCUAAUGAACUGGGAUUGGAGGCAAGCUGAUUCUAGGCCUGAGUGUCUGUUAUCAAGCCUCGAGGAAAUUGUGAUCGAGAAUCUAGUAGCAGGUGAAGACGAGAUGAGCAUUGUUGCGUAUUUGCUCGAGACGGGAGCUGUCCUUAAGAAGGUGAAGGUGCACUUAAAUGUAAAUUAUCUCUAUAUGCUCGGCCGCGAAAGUCGUGGGUCACUACUGAAACUUUCAAGAAGAUCGAGAGCUUGCAAAGUCGAGCUUUUCCCCCACGAGGAAGAGUAAGAUAUCUACGGCGAUAGUGAUGAUGAGAGCGACACUGACGAUGACAUGAAUGAUCCCUGACAACAUUGCUAACGAGAUCGACAAAGAUGAGGCUUGUGACAAUGAAGAUAUUCUCUUGGAAGAAUGUUUGUGGGCAAGGAGCCUCUGUCUUUUAGGUGAUGAAACUACUACCCUUUGAUUUUGUUAUCCUAUUCACUAGGGCAAACGCUGUGGCUGCCUGUUUUUGUACUACUGGUUGGAGAUAAUGCUGAUUGCUGAGACUAUAGGCUGUUUUAUGCUCCCUUGUUUCUGUAAGUUGACUAUAGAAAGCGUCAACUCAAGUUCGUCCAUAUUUUGUCUUCUUAGGAGAUGGAUUGUUAGAUAAUAAAAAAUUGAGGAUUGAUCACUGUGUUUGUAAGGUUUUGUAACUACCGGAAGUUGAGAAGAGAUUGUAAAACAAGCUGACAGGUUGACGCCUAGAGAGCAAUGUUUUAGAAACCGUUACUAGCUAGCCCAGAUCGGAAAUAUUGAAUACCGAAUCCAAAACAGCAAUUUUAAUGAUACGAAAUAGUCAAGCCACGAUUUUAUAUCACUGUAUAACUUUCGAUACAGUUUCACAAUCAAAACAAAAAAAACGUCUUUCAGACUAGGAACAUAUACAGUUGUAUUGUAAAAUAUGGAGAAAAAAACAAAAAAGAACUGAAAUUGAAGUGCAGUUCUACUAUUCCCAUUGAGGCCCAUGGAGUCACUCGGCCCACUAUUUAACCCCAGCAAGGCCUAACACUGUUCCCUAUGUUUCCCGCUUGUUCUCCGCCAACUCUUUCCCCAAUCUGUCCGCUUGCCGUCUCAUUUUCCUCUACCGAACAGACUGAUGACAAUGGAGCAUGGUCCAUUAAAUCGUAUCGUUCAACCACAAAAUAUCAGUAUCGGAGGCUAGACCGAUAGGCGGUAUUUAACAGUACUAAUGGUUGAACUACGGUUAAACCACGGUUUUAUCAUAAAAUACCAUAUCGCUGACUUUUCCGGUACGUUUUCAUGGACCAUGCAAUGGAGACGAAGAACAAAAUCUGCAGCACAGGGUCGGAAAUCGGCGAUGAAGACAGGCUCAGCUCGUUACACAGGAGGCACUUGCUAUUUACCCGCUUCGUCGAUAAAGUACUGGGUCAGCACACGAGUCUCAAUUCUGUUCGCCGUUUCCGCUUCCAUUUAUCUCAUUCAAAGAGGAUUUCUGAAGCUGGGUUUGACAGGAAAUUGGUGUUUGGGCUCCAAUGGAGGAGAUCGAUGUUAUGAUUUCGAAAAAGCAGAGAUUCGGAGAACCCUUGCGCUUGAGCUGCAUUCCAGCGAGCUUCUACACUUUGAAGAAUCUGAGAGUUGCCAAGCUUUCUUUCUGGGGUUGUACUGGGUGCAAUAAUAAACCAGUCCGUUUUUC